AGAGCGGCCGGGCACCAUGCAGCAGCGCGGGCUGGGGCUGCCCGGGCUGCUGGCGGCGCUGACGCUGCUGGCCGAGCAGGCUCCCAGCGCCUCCGCCGCGCAGGCCGCGGCUCUGUGGCCCAUGCCACUGUCGGUGGAGACGUCCCCGCGCCUGCUGCACCUCUCCCCCGAUCACUUCUACAUCAGUCACGACCCCUCUUCCACGGCCGGCCCCUCCUGCGCCCUCCUUCAGGAAGCGUUUCGGCGAUAUUAUGAAUAUAUUUUUGGUUUCUACCAGUGGCAUCAUCGCCCUGCUAAAUUUCAUACUGAAACGGAUUUACAGCAACUUCUUGUCUCAGUUGUCCUUGACUCAGAGUGUGACACUUACCCCAAUAUCUCUUCAGAUGAGUCCUAUACUUUACUUGUGAAAGGACCAGUGGCUUUCCUCAAGGCCAACAGAGUUUGGGGAGUAUUACGAGGUUUAGAGACCUUUAGCCAGUUAAUUUAUCAAGAUUCUAAUGGGGCUUUCAGCAUCAAUGAAUCCAACAUCAGUGAUUCUCCAAGGUUUCCUCAUAGAGGAAUUUUAAUUGAUACAGCCAGACACUAUCUGCCAGUUAAGAGUAUUCUUCAAACUCUGGAUGCCAUGGCUUUUAAUAAGUUUAAUGUUCUCCACUGGCACAUAGUUGAUGACCAGUCUUUCCCAUAUCAGAGCAUCACUUUUCCGGAGUUGAGCAAUAAAGGAAGCUAUUCUUUUUCUCAUGUUUAUACACCAAACAAUGUCCGUACGGUGAUUGAAUAUGCCCGAUUACGAGGGAUUCGAGUCAUACCAGAGUUUGAUACCCCUGGACACACACAGUCUUGGGGAAAAGGUCAGAAAGACCUCCUGACUCCAUGUUACUAUACACAUCAGUCUGGGACUUUUGGACCUAUAAACCCUAUUGUGAAUACAACUUACAGCUUCCUGUCUAAAUUUUUCAAAGAAAUUAGCAUGGUAUUUCCUGAUCAAUUCAUUCAUUUAGGAGGAGAUGAAGUGGACUUUACUUGUUGGCGAUCCAAUCCAGAUAUAAAGUAUUUCAUGAAGCAGAAAGGCUUUGGCAGUAAUUUUACUAAACUAGAAUCUUUCUAUAUUCGAAAGCUUUUGGAUAUUAUUUCAGCCUCAAAGAAAGGAUCCAUAGUCUGGCAAGAGGUUUUUGAUAAUGCAGAGAAGCUUCAACAAGGCACUGUAGUUCAAAUAUGGCAACAGGAAACAUAUGUUCAAAAACUACGCGUAAUCACAGCAGCUGGAUUCCCUGUAAUCCUUUCUGCUCCUUGGUACUUAGACUUGAUCAGUUAUGGACAAGAUUGGAUAACCUACUAUACCGUGGAACCUCUUGAUUUUGGUGGUUCUCAGGAACAGCAACAACUUGUCAUGGGUGGAGAAGCUUGUCUAUGGGGAGAAUAUGUGGAUGCAACUAACCUCACUCCAAGACUAUGGCCUCGGGCAAGUGCUGUUGGUGAGAGACUAUGGAGUCAGAAAGAGAUCAGAAAUAUAGAUAAUGCCUACGAAAGACUAAAAAUUCACCGCUGCAGAAUGGUCAGACGUAAAAUAGCUGCAGAACCUCUUUUUACUGGAUAUUGUGACCAUGAGAACAAAAUGUUAAAAUGAGCCAAAACUUGGAGGAGAAAAAAGCCCACUGCAAUCCAUCAACUUGGUUUUGAAAUCAUGCAAAUUAAAAUUUGGUACAUUGUUUUUGAAUAAACUAUAGCUUUGUAUUGGUUGAA